AUGGCUCGUGUAGUCCGAAUUCCGGGGGGGGCUUGCAUGCUCGUUUCUGUUUGCCCCAACUGUGCCAACUGCCUGUACACCAAACCAACCGACCCUGCUGACCCGGAGCGAAUCGGCGAACGCCUCACUUGCUAUUGCUACACCUGCCCUUACCAAUGCCCUGUUUCAUGGCUUAUGGAGACGCGUGAGGACGACCAGACCCAAGAAGACUCGAACUCGGACUCGGACUCGGACGAUACGGAUGUCGGCGUCAAGGUUGAAAGCGACGAGGGUGGAAGCCACAAGGCAGAGAACGACAUAGUUGAAGAUCACGCCGAAGAUACUGUCGUUGAAAAAGAUGCUGUCAUUGGAAAACAUGCUACCGUUGAAGAAGAUGAUGCCUGUCACUCCCUUACCAGCAAGAUUUCUUCGGACGGCACGAACGGGGCCAAUGAUUCUCUCGUGCUGAAUGCUGAGCAGCUCAAAUUCGUCAAGGCCCUUGCCGAUGCGAUCUCUCAGCUUUAA